UAUGUCCCGGCAAUAUNCUAUAGUGCUCGAGUCGACGUCGUCUUUGCCGGCCAUGUUCAUGCCUACGAACGUUUUAAACGUGUAUAUAACAACAAGGCCGACCCAUGUGGGCCUAUAUACAUCACCAUCGGUGACGGAGGCAACCGAGAAGGCCUUGCAUUAUCGUUUAAGAAGCCUCCUUCACCUUUAUCGGUAUAUCGCGAAUCGAGUUUCGGACAUGGGAGAUUGAAGGUUAUGGACGGGAAACGAGCACAUUGGUCGUGGCAUAGAAACAAUGACUCAAACUCACUUCUUGCUGAUGAUAUCUGGCUUGAGAGCCUUAGCACAUCACCAUCAUGUUGGCCUUCGAGUGGUUCCAGUGAUGAGCUCUAAAUUCAUCAUACCCAAAAAAACGUUUUAGACUUCUUCUGUUCAUUGGAUCGCUUGUAGAAAAGUAAAGAACUACAAGUACUCAUUUUCUUACAAAUUUUAUUAUCUUGGACAGUAUUUUUUUGUCUUGAAGGAUGUAUUGGGAGUUUCUCUUCAAGAACUGUGUGCUUUUGUUUUAGAAUCCAACAUGGUUUAGUUGUAGGAUUGAUGAAUGUUUGUCUGAUACACACUUACAUAUUCUAUCAAUAAGAAUGUUCUAGUACACAAA